AGCGGAUCGGGCCGAGGCGGCCCCGACCCUGCGCGCUGGGAUGUAGCGAACCAGCGGGGACCGGAGCCGCGCGCGGAGCCGGAGGCCGAGUUGAAUCAGGGGCCCCAGCCGGAGCCGCAACGGGAGGCAGAGUCCGCGGCGGGCGAGCCCGGACCCUUCGAGCCAUAGACGCGGCGCUGCCCAGGUCGCAGCCUGGGCGGUCGGGCGCGCCCAGCUCCGGCCCCCGGAGCGCCCGCUGCGGUCCCCACCUCCAUGGACGCCUUCAAAGGGGGCAUGAGCCUGGAGCGGCUGCCGGAGGGGCUCCGGCCGCCGCCGCCGCCACCGCCACCGCAUGACAUGGGGCCCGCCUUCCAUUUGGCCCGCACCGCAGACCCCCGCGAGCCGCUCGAGAACUCUGCCAGCGAGUCGUCGGACACGGAGCUGCCAGAGAAGGAGCGCGGCGGGGAAGCCAAGGGGCCAGAAGACAGUGGCGCGGGCGGCACGGGUUGCGGCGGCGCUGAGGACCCAGCCAAAAAGAAAAAACAGCGGCGGCAACGCACGCACUUCACAAGCCAGCAGUUGCAAGAGCUGGAGGCCACGUUCCAGAGGAACCGCUACCCAGACAUGAGUAUGAGGGAGGAGAUCGCCGUAUGGACCAACCUCACGGAGCCGCGAGUGCGGGUCUGGUUCAAGAACAGGCGAGCCAAGUGGCGGAAGCGCGAGCGUAACCAGCAGCUGGACCUGUGCAAGGGCGGAUACGUGCCGCAGUUCAGCGGCUUGGUGCAGCCCUACGAGGACGUGUACGCCGCCGGCUACUCCUACAACAACUGGGCAGCCAAGAGCCUGGCGCCAGCGCCGCUCUCCACGAAGAGCUUCACUUUUUUCAACUCCAUGAGCCCGCUGUCGUCGCAGUCCAUGUUCUCGGCACCCAGCUCCAUCUCCUCCAUGACCAUGCCGUCCAGCAUGGGCCCGGGCGCCGUGCCCGGCAUGCCCAACUCGGGCCUCAACAACAUCAACAACCUCACCGGCUCCUCGCUCAACUCGGCCAUGUCACCCGGCGCCUGCCCCUACGGCACACCCGCCUCGCCCUACAGCGUCUACCGGGACACGUGCAACUCGAGCCUAGCCAGCCUCCGGCUCAAGUCUAAGCAACACUCGUCGUUCGGCUACGGCGGCCUGCAGGGCCCGGCCUCGGGUCUCAACGCGUGCCAGUACAACAGCUGACCGCCCGGCCGGACCACGCAAGCCGCCGCCGGCGCGGGGCGGGGCGGGGCGGACGCGGAGGACGCACGCUGGGCUCGGCUCGCGCGCCGCGGACCUCGCGCCUGCGUAGCCCCUCUCUCCACCUCCCCACCUCCAGGUUGGUUUUGUGUUUCUUUUUCCGGGCCCCCACUCUGCCCUCCAAAAAAACAAAAAAACAACACAAAAAAAUCGGAGCAAAGUGCCGAGAAAAAAAAAAAAGGAUGAGUUGCAAUUUCCCUCGGGAUGGCGCGGGUGGUGUGUGUUCGUUCCCACAGGCCCCGGCGGCCCACUCUGCGGAGCCUAGCGGCACCGAAAGCAGACGUCUAGCAGGGCAGCGGGAGAGGACGCCCCGCAUCCCACGGCCCAGCCUGAGCGGCAGCCUUCGAAUUCAAUAUGCGGAGCCUGGAUGGGCCUGGGAUUCCCUCUGGGCCCCACAGGAACCAAGCCCGGCCGAGCGCACCUUAGCUCCAAUCGGAUUCGGCUUGGAGCAGGUUUGGGGCUGGGAAUGACUUCCCCCGCGCCCCCGGGUCCGGUACUUAACGGUCAGCUGGUGCAGCCGGAGGUGCAGCCCGAAGCACCCUUGCCACCCGUACGCCUAUGUUAAUGCCGCGGAGCCGAAGCUGGCCGAGCGGACUAGGCAGGAGGACAGGGAGUGCUCAUCUCUGAGCAGCCCAGCCCGGAGCUUAGCUGCAGGCCGAAGCCCUGGGCCCUACUCCUAGUCCAGUAGGUGACCCCUGUCCCCGGCGAGCAGCCCCCUCCUUGUCCUCCGUGCAUCCGUGCAAGAGUCGAGCCCGGAGAGCACAGGGCGCGGCCCCAGGGCCCCGCGCCCACUUUGCACACCCGCUCUCCGGCCCGCGCCCUGUUUACAGCGUCCCUGUGUAUGUUGGACUGACUGUAUAGAAUUAUAAAUCUGUCUAUAUCGACUUGUCCAUGUACGUCUAUUAAAACCAUAGUCCGAGCGUGCUGAAGCA